AUGGCCGGGAGCUCAGAGAAAGUACCGAUCGCCUCCGCGGGACCGGACGACCUGCAGCAGUUCAUGCCCCCGGCCUACUCUGCCGUGGCGGUGAAGCCCGCCACCACCGGUCGUCUGCUGAAAGCCGGGGUGGCGGUGCUCAUUGCCGUGGCCCUCCUGCUGCUGCUGGGGGCCGUUGGAGCCUUCUACUUCUGGAACAACAGUGAAAAACAUGUCUACAAUGUCCAUUACAGUAUGAGUAUCAAUGGAAAGGUGGAGGAGGGCACAAUGGAGAUCGAUUCAGCAAAUAACAUGGAGACGUUCCGUACUGGCACCGGCACAGACGAGACACUGGAAGUCCACGAUUUUGAGAUUGGCAUCACAGGGAUCCGAUUUGCUGGAGGAGAGAAGUGCUACAUCAAGACCCAGGUGAAGGCUCAGCUGCCUGAUGUGGAGGUUCACAGCAAGGACUCCAUCACGUUCGACAUGGAGGAUGAGGUGAUGCCAGCCAAGUUUGAGGAGGAUCUGAUCUGGGUGGCAGCUGACAGUCCACUCUCUGACUCCACCUUCCUCAGCAGCAAGAUCAAGGACUUGUGUGGAGAUCUACCAAUCUUCUGGCUCCGUCCCACCUACCCAACCAGCGGACAGACAAAGAGAAGAGCCGCCCCCCGCCAGCGCCGGCAGACAGCUGGGGCCCAGGAGGAAGAGGACGCGGCAGCAGGAGUCAACCCGGAGAACCCCUAUCAGAGAGGACUGGAAGGCGAGGACGGAAGCAUGCCCAUCCACUCCACGCUGGACCACGAGGGCGUGUGCUGCGCCGAGUGCCGCCGCAGCUACACCCACUGCCAGAGGAUCUGCGAGCCCCUGGGGGGGUACCAGCCGUGGCCCUACCACUAUCGCGGCUGCAGGGUGGUCUGUCGGGUCAUCAUGCCGUGUCGCUGGUGGGUGGCACGUAUUCUAGGCAUCGUUUAGGCCACGGGGGAAACGGUUACCGGCGACGGUGAGAUGGGGGGCAGGGGGGAGAUGGGGGGGGGGGGGGUGUUUCUCUAAGAAGGUGAGAUUCUGGGAAAAUUUAAAGCUAAAGUGUGUAGGAUUUGAGGAUGAUUAUUAGCAGAAACGCAACCACCCAUUCAUUAGUGUAUAAUUAACAAACUGAAGUGUUGUCAUGAGCCCCUCAUACGUACAUAGGAGUGGGCUGCCUCGUUGAUACAGUAGCCCAAAAGGGACAUAUUUUCACAUCUUUUAGGUUUAGUAGUGCAGCAAGAAGACCGAAGACAAAAAAAGCAGAGGAAUGAAUGGUUGUUCCCCUACGUCAUCUACUGGUUGCUAGUGCAGGCUAACAAGUUUAAUAACCCUCAUUUUUGUGAUUGUAAAAAUUGCUUACACAAGAGAGGGCACAAAUCUCCCCCAUUGUUAAAGAAGCCAAAAUAUGAAGGACAAGAUCGUGACCGGCAACAGCAUAAUGCAGUCUGAAACCUCACCACUAGAUGGCACUGCAUCCUACACACUGUAGCUUUAAGAAAGAAGGGAGAUGGUGGUUUUGUGUUUUCAUCUACUGUAGACACCUGUCAGCCUUAGCAGAGCAGGCUAAUGCUGUGUUCAGACAACAAGAGUGGGAAAAGUCAAACACCUAAUGUUCAGAAUCACAGUGUAAAUGUGAGGAAGGUGCAUCGUAGGUUAGAUUUAGCUACUUUCAAACUGCAGUGCAACUUUAUAUGCUAUGAAGUGUUCUACUUAUCUAUGCAAUGACCUAACAAUUUCUGCUGAAUUCUAGUACAGCAUGUUUAGCUGUCAUGACAGCAGCUGAUCUGCCUUUUUCCUUUUCUUGUAAAUAAAUGUAAAGGAUUCAAAGUAUUCUAACUGCA